UGUCAAAUUGAUUUUGAUAUGGUGGACGGGCGACGGACGUGGCGUAGAUCUUUUUAAAUUAUGUUUUUUUAAGAAAAAACUACAUUUAUCACAUUAAAAUGUCAGAAGCAAUUGUGCCUAAAGGUCAACCGAUACCCGGGGAUCCUGAAAAAAAGGGAUGGCUUUUCAAAUGGACGAAUUACCUAAAAGGAUAUCAACGAAGGUGGUUCGUGUUGUCCAACGGAUUAUUAUCCUACUACAGGAACCAAGCAGAAAUGGCGCAUACGUGUAGAGGAACUAUUUCACUGCUCGGUGCUCUUAUUCACACUGCUGAUUCAUGUACUUUUGUCAUCAGCAAUGGUGGCACACAGACAUUCUACAUUAAAGCUCAUGAUGAAGUAGAACGUCAGAGUUGGGUUACAGCCCUAGAAUUGGCCAAGGCUAAAGCAAUUCGAGCUCAAGAAUCAGAUGAUGAUGAAGACCAGGUGGCAUCUGGAGCAGUAGUAAUUGGUGGGGCUGGUGAAGGUGAAGGAGAAGACACUGGCGGCAUUGCAAGAGAACUAGCAGCAAGAUUUCAUGACCUGCGUACCUGUUCAGAAUUAGUAGCAAGACAUGGAACAGCACUACAGAGAUCACUUGUUGACUUGGAAAUACCACCUUCGGAUACAACGAAGCAAGUUUCCGAACGAGCGACACUCUUUAGAAUAUCCUGCAAUGCAAUGAUGAAUGCUUGUUCUGAGUUUAUGAGCGCAGCAGCCGGAUCAAGCGCACGACUUUCGCGAGCUUUGCAACACGAGCGAGAACAGAAGCUCCGUCUACAGGAGGUGGUUGAACAACUCGCUAGACAACAUGAUACGCUCGAAAAGACGGUCACGGCACGCUCCACCCCGCACACAGGUGGUAACGGGACAACUCAAGGCAACGAAACUGAGGAUGAAGACCAUGAAUUCUUUGACGCAGUGGAGGAGGGCAUCUCAACCAACAUGGAUGAUAAGACUUCAUUUGUAAUUAAAGUACCAGUUAAUAGAAAAAACAAAGUGAAGGACGGUGAAAGUUCGGAUGAAUCAGAAGGUGAAACAGUGACAGAAACACAACAGGUGAUAUUUGUGGAGGAUAAGGAGCGAGCGGAGAGCGCGAUGGGAGGCGCCGAUGGAAGCACCACACCGUCGCUUCCAACCAAAGACACCGACAUUGUCGUCUGGCCGCAUGUGUCGCAGGCGGCGGGCUGCGUGGACGGGCGCCCGCGACGCACGCGCGUGCCCGACAAGCCCAACUACCCGCUCAGUCUCUGGUCCAUUAUGAAGAACUGUAUAGGCAAGGAGCUGUCGAAGAUCCCUAUCCCGGUGAACUUCAGCGAGCCGCUGUCGAUGCUGCAGCGGCUGACGGAGGACUACGAGUACUCGUCGGUGCUGGACCAGGCUGCCAAGUUCGAUGACCCCGCGCAGCAACUCGCCUACGUCGCCGCCUUCACAGUCUCCUCGUACGCGACCACCGCGUGCCGGACAAACAAACCGUUCAAUCCUCUGCUCGGCGAGACGUUCGAAUGCGACCGCAUGGCCGACCUCGGCUGGCGAGCCAUCUCCGAACAGGUGUCGCAUCACCCGCCGAUGGUGGCGCAGUUCUGCGAGGGCACGUCGGGCUGGCAGUGCUGGCAGGAGUUCACCAUGACCACCAAGUUCCGGGGGAAGUACCUCCAGAUCAUACCGCUCGGAGCCGCCUCCGCCAAGUUCCUCGCGCACGGAAACAAGUACACCUGGAGGAAGGUGACCACCACCGUCCACAACAUCAUUGUGGGCAAGCUGUGGGUCGAUAAUCACGGCGACAUGGACAUCGUGGGCGACGCCGGCCCGGCCACCGGGUACGUCGCGCAUCUCAAGUACCUGCCCUACGGGUACUUCAGCAAAGACACACAACGGAAAGUGACGGGCGUUGUCAAGGAUCCCAACGGUGUGCCGAGGUACGUGCUACAAGGUCACUGGGACAGCCGCGUGGAGGUGGCCCCCGUCACGAGCACGUCGGCCGACAACUCCGUCUGCAAGACCGGCAAGUUCGUGACGGCGUGGCAGCGCGUGGCCGCCCCGCCCGACUCCGACAAGUGGUACAACUUCACCGUGCUCGCCGCGCAACUCAACGAGCCCGAGCCCGGCGUCGCGCCCACCGACUCGCGGCUGCGCCCCGACCAGCGCCUCAUGGAGGAGGGCUGCUGGGACGAGGCCAACACGGAGAAGCUGCGCCUCGAGGAGAAGCAGCGGGGGGCGCGGCGCCGGCUGGAGGCGGAGGCCGAGGCCGCGGCCGCGCGGGGGGUGUCCGCCCCCGCCGCCCCGCCCCCGCUCUGGUUCACGAGGGACGCGCAGCCCGGCGCCGGGAACACGCUGCGCCACCUCUACAACCACCGCUACUGGGACUGCAAGCGCCGCCAGGACUGGACCGGCUGCCCGGAUAUUUUCUAGCCCUUGCGGGGCGAAGCUCUGAACUUUGUUCCAAGAUACGCCGCGCUCCACCUCUGUACAUAAAGCUUUCACCCGCGUCGCGAAGAUUGCGUCAUUCUCGCGAGUAGGUCAUUGGACUCGACGCGAAAAAAACCUCGACGGGGCGUCGUCCGAACCCACGGCGGCCGGGGCUCCGCAGACCGUGUGUCACCGUCACCGUGCAUGCCGUAGGGAAAGUAUCGAUCCAAAGCUUCCUCGUGUUUAAUAAAUUAAUAUAGUGUAUAGUGCGACGGUCGCCACGUUCCGUCGGCUGGUGCUUGUGUAAAGAUUUGCGAUUUAUAUUUCGUCAAGCUUACGAACUAGACGAUAAAUUUGUAUAGGCGUCGAUUUAAAAUGUAGCAGCGGCGUCCCCGAAGCAGGGCGCGUCCGUCGCCAGUAGAUGAGCGAUGAACGUUAUCUAAGUUAUAAUCUGGGGCGAGUCGACACAUCGACUCGUCGGCCGCUAGGAUAUUGUAAGAUCUACUACGAAUGUACAUUUUCAACUGGUGUAAGAUAAUUUGUUAAUAUUUUUAUUAUAUUAAAAUAAUAUUUGAAUAAAGCCAUAACAUCUGUAUCAUGUUGAUUAUAAAAAUAAAAUAUGUCACGCA